AUGUUCCAGCCCGCGGCGGCGGCCAAGCGCUGCUUCACGAUCGAGUCCCUGGUGGGCAAGGACAAUAGCCACCCGCUGGCAGAGGAUUCUCUACGUCCCGUCGCUGCCGCUGCCGCCGCCGCCCUCGGAUACCCUGCCAGCGCCGCCGUCGAGGCCUUCGCCCACGGCUUCCAGGGCUCGGCCGCCGCCGGGCGUUCGCUCUAUGGCGGCCCGGAGCUGCUCUUCCCGGAGGCCGUAAGCCACCCGCCUGCCCUGGCAGUCCACCCGUCGCAGCUGGGCUCCUCGCACCUGCCCCCCUCGCCGCACCCGUUCUUCGGGCCGCAGCCGCGCGACCCGCUCAACUUCUACCCGUGGGUGCUGCGGAACCGUUUCUUCGGGCACCGUUUCCAAGGCGGCGAGGCGUCCCAGGAGAACCUGCUCUUGCACGGGCCCUUCGCCCGGAAGCCGAAGCGCAUCCGCACCGCCUUCUCGCCCUCGCAGCUGCUGCGGCUGGAGCGCGCCUUCGAGAAGAAUCACUACGUGGUGGGCGCCGAGCGCAAGCAGCUGGCCGGCAGCCUCAGCCUCUCCGAGACCCAGGUGAAGGUCUGGUUUCAAAACAGAAGGACCAAAUACAAAAGGCAGAAACUGGAGGAAGAAGGUCCCGAAUCGGAUCAAAAGAAAAAGGGAUCCCACCACAUCAACCGAUGGCGGAUCGCCACCAAGCAGUCCAACAUGGAGGACAUUGAUGUCACGUCCAACGACUAGCGAGAGGCGGGAGGAGGCAGCCGCUGGGGAGCAGGACUGAGGAGAAGGACUGUGUGGGAAAGCAAGGACCCAACGGAGAUCCAGCUGCUCUCCCCUCCACCAGGGGUGCCCCCCUCCUCGGGAAUCGGGGAGGGGGAACCUAAGGAUGAUCUAGGAAAUCCCUUUUCUCCUGAGAUCUUGCCUGCUGCCUUGCUGCCACAGGGCAGACUGGGGAACCGUGGAUCAUGCCCAGCCCAGCCGAUGCGGAGGGCAGGGCCAUCAGGGACGAAGGGAAGCCCUUGGCGAGCCACGUGAACAGAUCCAUCCAUCCACCGAGCCCUCCACCAUACUCCAUCCUCUCGUCUUUGUUGCACUUUGGUGGGAUAAUUUUUUAAUCAACAAAAAAGAAUGCAUUUUUAUUUUAAUUUAUUAUUUUGUGUGUCUGCAUUUGCUGGGCCUGUGUACAUAUUCUAUGCCAUAGAUAGUAAGCAGCUGUAGUGUGUGUUGCUGUGCCGUGAAUAAAAAUAACCUGGGUUGGAAGUGCAAGGCCUGGUUGUAGCCGGCUCACCGGCAGAAGGGCCCCUUUACCGGACCUGGUCAUCUCUAUGGCAUUUGGCUCCAUUCUGGACAGCCGCCCAAACCUUUAGACACAGAGGGCCAGGAAAGCUGCUGGAUUCCGAUGGGAGUGAGGGUGUCCUUCAGGCCCAGGCCAGUGCAUUGUCUUCCUGAUUCAGAGGGUUGUGUUCCAGUUGUGGCCGUGGCUCCUGUGACCAGAAGCCCCCGCCAGGUUCUGCAGGGAGGGGCAUGCUGGGGGGCCGGGGGUGGUGGAAUGGACAAGCCAAACCACAGGCAGCUGCCUUGUUCUCCAGUUCCUGGUGUGCCCAUCAGAUCCUAAAGUUUGGAUCAGCAAAAAUCCUUUAGGCAGGAGCUGCCCUCCUGCCGGCAUUUGUUGGGACUAGCAUGGUGCAGUUUCCCCCCACCCCAACAAUCAGGUGACCUCUGUCCCUUCAGGGAAGCCCCCCCCCGCUUGAAGGAGGCUGGGGGGAGCAGCACCAUGUGAGGCCCCUGAACAAUGCUGCUUCUUGCUCGGCGGGCAGGAGGUUCUGCAGCAGAGACCCAGCCGGCUCGCCCUGCAGAGGUGUUGGUUGGUCCAGGAGCCCUCCACCGAGACCCUCCUGCGCCCUGCCCAGCCUCACUCUGUGAGGCACCCAGGGAAGGAGGAACUGCCCCCCCCCCCGUUCUGCAAAGGGAGGAAGAGUUUGGACUUCGGUGGGAGCAGCACAGACCUCCCUGCAGGUGCCUCUCGGGACCUGCCCCCCCCAUCAGCAGCUUUUGGGUGUUUGGCUUCUGCCCACCUGGAGAUGCAGCCGGGAAGGGGGCCUGCAGAGAAAGGGGGACGGUGCCUCCCUCUGAGCCCCCCCCCAUUAGAACAAAGAAAGAGGGCGGUCUCUCUGACAUCCUCGAGAUGGAUCUGUGGGAGCAGGACAAGGGGGGGGGUGAAGAGGGUUACUCCUUGUGAGGCAGUCAACUCCCAGAUGUGGAAACCAGAUGGGGGGGGUGAGAGGGAAGAUGCUGGAGCCUCCUGGGGCCCAGAUGGCAUCUGGUAAGGUUAACCAGGAAGAGCUUGGGCCUGUCGUCCUUGGGGAGCGGGGUGAGAUGGGGGCUGCUACCUCCCCUGGGGGCUGCCUGUGUUAGCUGGUUUCAUCUGAGCUGAGAGAUCAGCCUUGUUGCUGGAGGUCUGAAGAGGCUUCCAUAUGGCUUCUCCUCUAAGCAACCUGGGAUUCAAGGUGCCAGGCAACUACCAUCCAUGGUCCAACUUUUCUCUUUAGGGCAGCAGUUACAAAGCAUCUGGAAGAACCAGAGCUGGGCUCUUUCCAUUCAGGAUGCAUUCAGGACACGGGACAGAAAUCCUGUUGUCACUCUAAUCAAUUGCAGAAUAACCAAAGUUGGAAGGGACCUUGGAGGUCUUCUAGUCCAACUCUGUAGUCAAGAAGAUGACCCUAUACCAUUUCAGACAAGAGGCUGUCCAGUCUCUUCUUAAAAAGCUUCCAGUGAUGAAGCACCCACAAGUUCUGGUGGCAAGCUGUUCCACUGGUUAAUUGUCUUCACUGCCAGAAAAUUCAUCCUUAGUUCUAGAUGGCUUCUCUCUUUGACUAAUUUCCAUCCUUUGUUUCUUGUCCUGCCUUCAGGGGCUUUGGAGAAUAGGUUGACCCCCUCUUUUACCUUUACUUAAUCAGGACUUAGAUAAGGGAUUGCGACCAUACCUGUCCAGGUGGUUCUCCCAAUGGCUGAGAAUACCCUUCUUCUGGACCACCUAUGAGGGUGAGAACUAGAGCCUCCAUUCUGUGGUGGUGCAAAUUCCUCCUGAGUGGUUUCUUCCAAAGGCUGGGGCACAUCAACACGGGGUGCUCGACUUAACCUUUUCCUCCACCUUAUUUAGCACCUAUAGGAAACCACUAGGAGGCCUUACUUGACCUCUGAGUUACAAUAUCAGCAAGUAGAUGUCAGCCGGCUGUACAUCUUGGUCCCCGAUUUAAUGGAAGCUGUAAGCACCUAGGUGGAAAAGAUGGAGGAGCCAAUAGAGAAGGCAAGCAAUUCCAGAAGAGGACAUUAGCUCUGCUCCUUCAGCUCUCCCAAAGGGUCUGGAGCAGCGUGUUCCUCAGAACAAGACUCAUGCCCUUGUGCAAUGACUAGACUACUGCAAUUUGUUUUAUACUGUACUACCCUUGAAGACCACUGAGAACCUUCGGCUGGAAUAACAGGUAGCUGCCCAGGUGCUAACAGGACAUCCCAGAUUGUCAUAUGACAGCAGGGCCAGCUUGUUUCUGGGUGCAAUAAAGGUAUGGAUGAUGGUUCAGAACCAGAUUCAACUCGGUAGCAUCUGGCCAGCUACCCAAGGCACACAGGAGCCCCACUUCCUGCCAAGGACAGUAGGAGGGGACUCCUGAAUUCAGCCCCGGUGGGAGAAGCCAUCUCUGCAGUUUAAGGUGAGGCUGCUGGCUGCUGUCUUUCAGAAGUCCUGCACAGAAGUGGUUGCAUUUGGGGUGGGAGAAUUGAAGAUGGAGGCAUUUCGCCCCUUGCGUAUUGAUUUGCUAUUAUUAUUGCACUGAAAUUGUGUGCUGGUGUUUUUCUACAUUCCUUUCUUGACUGUGAGCUUGAUUGGCAUUUGUUGUGAGCUGCUUGUACAUUUCCUUGAUAGAAGCGGCAGAAAAGCCCACUAGCUCACAUAGUAAAUAAAUCCUGAUGUGCCACUUCAGCAAAAUUUGCCAGUGUGACCAGAGGUGGGUAUUUGGGGCACCUCAACUUUUUUCCUUAAAUGGGCACCAGGUUAGAGAAGGGGGCAAAUCAAGUUCUCAGCUGGGUGUUGCUCCUCCUGUUGGACAGGAGUGGCCUUGGGACGUGGCUGGGCCAACACCUGGCAAAGAAGACAGAGUGGUCAGCAGCACUGCAAUAAGUUGACUUUGGAGGCCAAGGCAGGAAGGAGAUCCUGAAGGAUGCUGCCACCAGAAGGACCAUCUCAAGAAGACUAGCUUCUCUGGCGGCUUUUAUCGCACGUUCUUGGCCAAGGCGAUGGCAGGAGUCCCUCUGCCAUCUUCCGCCCUGCUGGUGGCUUCCCAAGAAGAGCUGACAGGAGGGACAGGACUAGAUCAGGCGCACCUUGGGCUGAUCCAGGAGAGAUCUGAGGUGCCCUCUGACCUUGUUCCCUUGCAGAUGUUUCAUGAUGCAAACUAGGUAACACCAUCAGGGCUAGAAGGGAGGGGUGGGGUUGUGCAAAGGAGGAGGAGGAGAAGGAAACGACUAUGGGCUCCUUGAUGCUCUCUGAGCUUGGCUGUUUUUUGGCAGGUGUUUCAUUAUCCAACCUACACAUGUUCUACAAACAUCCUUCAUUGGCAGGAGAGAUCUCAGGAACACAGCUCCCUCUAGAUAACGAGGUGGGCAUUUAAUAAAUAAAUAAAAUAUAAUAAAGGUGUCCUAUAAAAUACCAAGCCACAGAUGCAGGUGAGCAGUUUUAGGUGUGCUUUUAUUCUAGAGUUUAGAAGUGUUACAUAAAGUGUCACGAUCAAUAAAUCUACUGAGGAAGUUAAAAAAGGCCUCUGAGCAUUUUGCAGUCGGCUCACCCAGGCAGAGGUAUCUGUGCUCAGAGAGUGAGGUCGUUGGAAGACAAACGAUGGCGACCCCCCUCCAUCGCCACUGAGUGACCACUCUGGGGCUCAGGAGAGCCAUAAGGUGCAUUGAGAUCAGUGCGGAUGCCGAGGGCUGCUGGGGAGGCGCGGGGCAGACCCCUUGUGGUUCCCUGCAAAGACAGCUGGGCCCUUGGCCGUGCCCAGCCAGGACAGAGCCUGCCCUCAGCAGCUCUGCUGCCCACCCGGAGGGCUUUCACAAUACAAAGCUUGGCAACGUCCUUCAGGGGCUGAACAACUGCUCAGCUGCUCAAAAGCACAGCCUCCCCCCAACAGUAAAUGCAUUUGUGUGACCCCACAGAAAUUAGACUAAUGAUUUCACUGGGGUUAGAGUUGCAAGAUAUGAAAAUAACACUAAUUACAUUUUAAUUCCUGUAUUCUAGUUCUUAAACUGCACAAGCAGAACUGCCCCCAGCCUCUGUCUG